AUGAUGAAUGGUUACCCUAGCUUUUCCUUAAAUCAGAAUGGACAUCAAAAUGAUUCAUCUUCUCAAACAAAUAUUCAUAAAGCAUUUCAAAGCAGAAGAAAGAUUGAAAUUGACGAUGAAGAUCUAUUAAUACUGUUAAAUGACUCUGAUUUAAGUAGACAAUUUGAUCAUACAAAAUUUUCAAUUGAACAUUGUAAACUUUUAAUAUCAGCCGUUAAUAGUUCAUUGGCUCCUGGCUUAGAUAAAUUAUCAUUUGAACGCUUUAAAUAUGUAUUUGAAUUAUUAUUAACAUGGCGUAAUUUGUUUCGUCGACAUGAUCUAGAUCGAAAUGGAAUCAUUGAAACAUAUGCACUUGUCAAUAUUUUAAAUUCAUUACGUUUCAAUUUGCCACCGUCAACAUUAGAAAUAAUUGUUAAACGUUAUUCUACUCGACAUGAUGGUCAACUAAAAAUAUGUUUUGAACAUUACAUACAAUUGUGUGCACGAUUAACAUUAUUAAAUGAUUUGAUGCAACAAAAACAACAAUCAAAUGUUGAUACGAAUGUUUCUCCACGUGAUGUUUGCUCAUUUUCAAUCGAUGAAUUUAUGCAAUUAGCAUUAACUUUAUGA